AUGGCUGCCUUUGAAACGCCCUGGCUAGUCCAUAUGUCGACCCCGAAAGCCCACCGCGGCGCCGACGCCGAUUCCGUCAGCGAUCCCUCCCAAACUCCCGGACUCGACGGCACUCCCUCUGGUGCGCCCCCGACCUAUGCGACCUUCUCUCCCGUCACCCUCGCUGCAACGACCCCGAGCCGCUCCUCCCGCCAAUCCACCAUAAUCGUACAUCAGAAAUCACCCCUCCUCUUGGCCACCCCGCCGCAAAUCACCCGCGCACUAGCAUACUCGCACCCCUUCCUGCUGCCCCUCAACAAGCUCGCGGGACUGUUGACAUGGACAUCCGACGAUCCGUGGGAGAGCUUCCUGCUGCUUGCUUCUUUCUGGGCCAUAGUCCUUUACGGCGACACCGUAGUGCGCGUCGCCGGGCCUAUCGUCCUCGUUCUGACGUUGAUUCUCGGCAUGUACGGCCGCCGUUUCAGUCCGUUAAGCAGCAGCGGAUGGACUGAGCCAGCUUCCAAAGACGCUGCCGCGGCGCAGAACACGGCAGGCGCGGCUGCGGCCAAGGGCCAGAAGGGCGCGCCCAAGACCAAUGCGAAUGCGACCGCGGCCAAGGGACACCAUAGAGGCGAGUCGGAGGCGACGAACACGAGACACCAGAAAACGCUUGACGAGAUUGUCGAGACACUCAAGGAGUUUACCGGGCGGUGUAACGUCCUGCUUGAGCCCCUCCUCGAGCUGACCGACUUCCUGAGCACCCAGCGGACACCCACGUCGGCCACGACACGGCCGGCCUUGACGACACUUUUUGUGCGAAUAUUGUUCUGCACCCCGUUCUGGGCCGCUCUGACGCUGCCGCCGUUCCGCAUCAUCACAACGCGGAGGGUGGCUCUACUAUUCGGCACUCUGGUGCUGACAUGGCAUGCCAGGGUCAUGCGCGUCGCCCGGACGCUUCUGUGGCGCAGCGCAACGGUCCGCAGGACGGCGGCUCUGGUCACCGGACUCACCUUUGAGAAGCCGGUCAAGACCGUCCCCGUAGAGAUGACGGUCGAAGCAGAAGACGGCAAGGUCCAGGCCAAGCGGCCCGCUGCAUCCGAGCUCACCAAAGCCCUCCGGAAACAAUCGCACAAGCACGGCAACAACGCCACAAGCAGGGACGCCGGGGUCAAGUUCACCUUCAUCAUAUACGAGAACCAGCGCCGCUGGGUGGGGCUCGGCUGGACGCAGAGCAUGUUUGCCUAUGAGCGGUCGGCCUGGACGGACGAGCAUAACAACCCCGUGCCGUCGCGCGACACAUUCGAGCUCCCCGAGGUGGAAGACGGUAGUAACAUGCGCUGGCGAUGGGUCGACGGCAGCAAGUGGAGGGUCGACGGGGUGCCCGACGACGGGACGGAGCCGGUCGACUACGACGGAGAGGCCGGGAGGAACGGUUGGAUCUACUACGACAACAAGUGGCAAAAUGGCCGCCGCGGCGCCGAUGGAUGGGGGCGAUGGACACGGCGCAGGAAGUGGUACCGCGACGCCGAGUUGGUGGAGGUCUCGGAAGACGACGUGGCACACGAACUGGAUGCGUCACAAGCACCGCCGAACCCUCGGCAACCCGGAUCCCCGACGAUGAGCCCGCCGGGACCUGCGCUGACGACACAGAGGUAUAGCACGCUCGAAGAAAAGAUGGUGUCCCCCAUGCACUCGGCGCAAGACCUGACGCUGUCGGACAAGGACCUCGAGAGGGAAAAAGAUGACGCGGCAUCGACGCUGUCCACUAGCUCGGGCGGGCGGUCGUUCUUCAAGGCGCCGUCACUGAGAAGGAAGGUCACGGAUAAGAGCGUCGCGGGCAAGGCGGACAAGGAACAGGACCGCAGCCGCAGGGCGAGCGAAGCCAAAAGCGAGGAGGAGGCAUCGGCGCUGGGGCUGAAGCUUAACCUCGCGUUGCAAGGCAAGGACGGUGGGCAGUGGGGGAUAGGCGACGAGGCGAGGAUGAACCUCGAAUGA